UAAAUGUAACCCCCACCCCUCCCACGGGGAGGCCGCAUCGGAGACGCAGGGAAUUGAGGGGGGGCUUUCCCGCCCCGACUGUAGCUCCGAGCCCAGGCGCGGGACGUGGCGGCGCACAGGCUGCGGCGGGGGAUCGAUCCGAGCCGCCCAGCGGCUGUUCCCAGCUCGGCGAGCCGCGCUGCGCGGCUGCAAUCGGGCGGGGCCGAGGGAGGCCGAACGGACCCGAGCCGGCGCACGGGGCCGCUUUGCCUCGGGCGGCGCGACCCCGGCGAAGGCUCCUAGCCCCUGGCCGGCGCUCGCCACCAUGGGAGCCAUGAGGGAGCCGCUGCCCCGGGGCGCGCUGGGCUCCUUGUUGCUGCUGUUGCUGGGACUGUGUGGGGCGCGGGAGGUGCACCUGCCCCCAGGGCCCCUAUUCCGUGUGGAGGGAACGGCCAUCUCCAUCCCCUGCAGCGUCUCGGAGUACGAGGGCCCCACGCUACAGCACUUUGAGUGGUUCCUGUACCGCCCGACGGCGCCCGAGAUCUCCAUCGGCAUGAUCAGCACCAGGGACCCCAGCUUCCCCUACGCCGUCUUCGGCCCCCGCGUGCAGAACGGGGAGGUGUCAGUGCAGCGGCUGCGUGGUGAUGCCGUCGAGUUACGCAUCGCCCGGCUGCGGGCCGAGGACGCUGGUGUCUACGAGUGCUACACGCCCACCACCGACUCCAUGUACCACGGCAACUACAGCAGCAAGGUGGUGCUGAAAGUGAUCCCUGACAUGCUCGGGGUCUUGGCCCCCACACCCAGGCCCCUUCUGCGAGGCCGCAUGGCUGGCACCUCCCCGCUGCAGCUCAGCUUGUCGGAAGGCCAGGAGCUGCAGUUGAGCUGCAUGGCCCAGAGCCAGACGCAGCAGCACACCCAUCUCUCUGUCUCCUUCGGGGUGUGGGCUCCCGAUGCCCCCGUGGGGCGCCAGACGCUGCAGGAGGUGGUCGGGGUGCGGCGUGACUUCGCCGUGGAAGCUGGCGGGCACUUUGCCGAGCGGUACCGGUCUGGGGAGCUCUCUGUGGCCAAGGCAGGCAGCGAGCAGUACAAGCUGGCCAUCGGGCGGGUGCGCCCGGGAGACGCGGGCACCUACCACUGCACAGUAGGCGAAUGGAUCCAGGACCCCGACGGCAGCUGGCAGCUGAUCGCCGAGAAGCGGGCAGCGCUGGCCCAGGUGACUGUCCAGUCCAUCGCGAGCCAGCUGGCAGUGUCGGCCAGCCCGCCCGAGGUCCGGCUCAGCGCUGGAGACGCCCUGGAGCUUCUUUGCAAUCUGUCAGGCCCUGCGGCCCCUGCACCCCACGUGGUGUAUGCCGUGAGCUGGGAGGUGGGCGAGGGGGACGGGCUGCUGGUGGCACAGCUGGACACGGAUGGAGUGGCCGUCGUCGGGGAGAGCUAUGCCAACAGCCAGGUGGGCCGGCGCCAAGUCUCGCUGCAGAAGCUGACGCCCGCCCCAGGCGCCUACCGGCUGCGGAUCGAGUCGGCCCAGCCAGGGGAUGCGGGCACCUACCGCUGCGUGGCCCGGGCCUACGUGCACUUCCCUGAUGCCCAGCUGCGGGAGGUGGCCAGCAGCCGGUCACAAGGGCUGAAGGUGCACAUGAAAUCAGAAGCCGUGGUGGUGGAGGCCUACGCGUGGCUGCCCGUCCCCGCCACCUACCGCGGGGACACGGCCGAGCUGCUGUGCAACAUCUCGGUGGAGUCGACCCAGGCCGUCCACAUGGCCGUCAGCUGGUGGGUGGAGGUGACGUUGGGGGAGGAGGAGCCCCAGGGCCGGAUGGUGGCGUCUUUGAGCCGUGAGGGUGUGGCCGAGCUGGGCCGGCGGGCGUCAGGCGGGGACAUGAGUCUGGACAAGGUGGGGCCGCAGUGCCACCGGCUGCGGCUCCAUGGGGUGGAGCCGUCCGACGAAGGGAGGUACCACUGCGCCGUCACCUCCUGGGUGCGCUACCCCGACCGCAGCUGGUACAACGCCGGGGCCGUGAAGUCCAACUCCGUCGCCGUGUAUCCCUAUGCCCGGGCCAUGGACACCCUGUUCAUCCCCCUCAUUGUGGGCAUUGCCAGCGCCCUCUUCACGGGCAUCGCCAUCCUCGCCACCAUCACCUGCUGCUUUAUGAGGCGGCUCCGCAAGAGGUGAAGCGCACGGGAGACCGGCCCCAGGGCGCUGCAGGUGCCUGCUCCAUCUCGCUCUCCUGCCAGCCUUCACUCAAGUCACUGGGCUCCCUUUUCCCCCCCCAACUUGUGACUUUUGACCUCUCACCUCCAUGGACCGGCUUGGGCAGCAUUUCAGCUCCUCGGACUGCACGCUGGCUUCUUCCUUCAUUUGAGUCAUUCCAUUUUUUUUUUUCUAAACUCAGCCCAGAUCCAGACAAGCCCCUGGUGGGAGAUGGGAGACCCUGGGUCCUGCAUCAGGGCCAAACGUUGCCAAGAAGUCGAUGCGUCCGUCUGAGACAUCCAGGCUGGAGAGGUCCCUCUCCGGAGGACAUGAGGGACAGUGGCACUGCCUCAUCUGCUCCUGGACUCGCUGCUUCCCUGAUCCUUCCCUACCUUGUCUCUGUGCCCCAGGGUGGGAGCGUGGGGGCUGCUUUUCCCUCUGCUGCCAGCAUCUCUACAUCCUCUACCCCC